AUGCGCCACUCCGCGUACGGGCUGCAAGCCGCCGAGCAUUCGGCAGCAUACAUGAAAGAGCAGCGCGAGAUAGUCACUGCUCUCCGCUCCGACCCAGCAGAUCCAAACCCUGGCGUACAUCUGCGCGCAGAAGCUGCUAUCCUCGCCGCACUUGACUACACCAAACGCCCUAACUUGGAAACACAAGUGUGGCCUGGGCUCGGGUACGCGGGGUGUGGAUAUGCCUCAGAGACUGGGAGUGCAGGUGAGGAGCGAGGAGGGCGUGAAGCGGAGAAAGCGGGAGGUUCAGGCGGAGGUGGAUGGACUGCUGGGAGCUGGUCUAUUGGCGGAUGGAGCAUUGCGCCGUGGGGCGUUAAAGCAGCAGACGAGGAGGAUGUGGAGGAGGAGAAGCCGGCGCCGUUGCUCAUGUACGAGCGCGUGGGAAGGGAGGUGGGCAUGCCGCGGCCCGUGGUCAGCAUGCAUGUGGAGCACCAUGCAGGCGCCUCAGCGGAUGCGCUGCUGCCGCUGCUCUCGCUGGCGUACCGCCUGCGCCAUCUCAACCCCACACUCCAAUUCGCCUGGCUCUCCGCAGAUGAUUUGGAUAUGGGUCAGCAACUGAGCACACUCACACGCGCACAUCUGCAAUCUUCCUGGUCCUUUCUCCAUCCGUAUGGCACGGACCUGCAAGAGCACGACCCAGUUGCUGCCAUUUUUUCCAACCUCCUCAUUUCAUCAGAGUCUGAUUAUCUUGUAGCUGCACUCAACUCAGCAUGGACCCAGGCCUUGCAUGCACUCAGGUCCACAAAUGGCCGUCUAUACUCCAGGUUUUUGUCCUACUAA